AAAUCAACAACCCUUGAAUGAGGGUAGUCAUUUUGGUUCAUCGUUGUUGUUUUCAUUCAAAAGAACCAAAAUGUCCAAAUUCAUUAUAGCUCAGAUCAUCGUUGUCCUCGCAUUUGUUCUUUAUCGCCUCGUCUUCCGUAAAAAGCAGGACCUUCUCCCGUUACCUCCUGGCCCGAAACCACUUCCAAUUGUCGGCAACAUCAACGAUCUUCCACCUCCAGGUGUACCAGAAUAUGAGCACUGGCUUCCUUUCAAGGACAAAUAUGGCCCUGUUAGCUCCGUUACAGUACUGGGCCAGACAAUGGUUAUCCUUCACGAUAGGGCAGCUGUUAGUGAACUCUUAGAAAAGUCUUCGCUGAAGACCUCUGGAAGACCUGUGUUCUUCUUCGGGUCUGAAAUGUGUGGAUAUGAUGGAUUUAUGCCUCCUAUGCAAUAUACCGAUCAAUAUCGCCAACACCGCAAGUUCAUUCAUCAGCAAUUGGGAACCAAGAUUCUCGCAUCACGAUUCAAUACCGUACAGGAUAUAGAAUCAAGACGCUUUUUACUGAGAAUUAUGAAUGAUCCUCAGAACUUCUUUGAACACAUUAAAACCGAAGCAUCUGCAAUUAUGCUAAAGAUCACAUAUGGCUAUGUGAUAGAGCCUUUUGCUCAAGAUCCUCUCAUCCAACUCAUGCAAGACGUCAUGACAAAUUUGUCACUUGCUUUUGUGCCUCUUUCUUGGGCAGCCGACUUCAUCCCUGCUAUCAGAUACCUUCCUGAUUGGUUCCCGGGUACAGGUUUUAAGAAAACUGCCCGGAAAUGGAAAAGCAUCAAUGAGGCCGUUACCAAAACGCCGUACAAUUUUGUCCAAAAACAAAUGGAAAGGGGCACCUAUCGACAGAAGUCAUAUGUGUCCGAGCAUAUCAAAGAUCACGGUCAUGGAGAUGGUACAGGAGUGAGUGAGGAAGACAUUUCAAACAUUCAACUCACAGCUACCGACAUGUAUGGGGGAGGUGCAGAUACCACGGUAUCCACCAUCAUGGCGUUUACUUUAGCUAUGAUUCUAUUUCCAAAAGUCCAGCAAAAAGCUCAGGAAGAGAUUGAUCGUGUGGUAGGCUCUGAUCGCCUGCCUGGCUACGAAGACCAAGAGAAUCUGCCCUAUGUGAGCGCUGUGGCCAAGGAAGCGCUUCGAUAUUUCUCAGUUGUGCCUAUUGCUACAGCUCAUAGGACAGAAGAAGAAAUCUUCUUUAGAGGCUACCGUAUUCCAAAAGGUUCAUUCAUACUUCCAUCCGUGUGGUGGUUUUUGCAUGAUCCUGAGGUCUAUAAAGAUCCUUUAGUAUUCGAUCCUGAGCGGUUCUUGGAACCAAGGAAUGAGCCUGAUCCUGGUAACGAUGCAUUUGGAUAUGGCCGUAGGGUAUGCCCCGGCAGGUACCUCGCAGUUGAGAGCAUUUACCUUACUGCCGCACGAAUGCUUGCAGCUUUCACAAUUUCCAAAGGGGUAGAUGAGAAUGGAAAAGAGAUCGAUGUGGAAUGCAGACAAACGCCGGGUCUUAUUUCUCACCCAGUCAAAUUUUCUUAUGACAUUACACCUAGAAAUAAGAAGUAUGAGGAUCUUAUUCGAAAUGUGGAGGUAGAUCAUCCCUGGGAAAAGAGCGACUCGGAAUCUCUUGAAGGCGAUGUGAUUGAGGUGUAUAAACAAGAGUAUAAGAGUAGAAAAUAGUAAAGAAAGUGGCUUUCUUGGUGAUUUAUAGCGAGAGCAUUGGUUAUAUGCAUGCAUUUGGCACCUCAUAAUAGCUUAAACUGAUUCAAUUCUUCAGAAUGGGUCGGCAUAUAACGGAUUAUUUCAGUC